GAUGUACCUACAGGGAAUUCAUGUUAUUCAAAAAAAGACACUUGUGGAUUUUACCCGUGAUCUUGGUUCCAUAAUUUUCCAUAAAAAGACUUUCCGAAGCAUGGAGAUAAAAACAGCAUAGUUCUCCGCAGGUUUGGGGAGAAAAACCCCCGAUGCGCGUGAUUUUACGCACUCCAUCAUGUUUUCAGCUUUCAGUUUUAGGAGCUAGCUCAUUUUAGUCUCGACUUCAGACAUGCUGCCCUGUUCGUGUUUCAGCUGUGUGCUUCUGGCUUUGGACUGACAGGAAGUUUACGCGCAGGAGCGCAGUGAUGCUGGAGGAACGGACACCCUGCAGCAUGUGCUGCUGCACUCCUCUCAACAAAAUACUCAUGGUCGUCUUCAUGAUAUUACUGCUGUUUGCUAUAUUGUUUGGAAACUCUCUGACUUUGGCUGUGGUGCUCGGAACGAAACAUUUCCACACACCACAGGGUUAUCUGAAAGCCUCUUUAGCGGUGGCCGACUUGUCCGUGGGGGUUUUUGUGGUUCCUCUGUCCGUGUACGCAGAGAUUUCGCUCAUGCUGACGGAUACAGCACCAGGCUGGACAGUGCGUAAUUCCCAGCACACACCUUUCCACCCGUGCACUGUUAUUGGCCCUGUGUUUGCAGGCUGCACGCUGGUUUCCAUCACCACCGUUUUCCUUCUCACUAUUGAGCGCAGCAUUGCUGUCCUGAAACCUUUGCACAAAGAUGCCGUUAUUACAAGAAGACGAACAAGCAUGCUGAUUGUCUGUUCUUGGACAGGCAGCUUUUUCUUAGCGCUCUCCCCCCUGAUUUUUAGCAAACAGAUCGCCUUGGAGUAUAAUGCAUGCAGCAGAAUGUGCAACUACGCGCUAGGAGCCAAAGAGUUUCCGCGUCAGGCUUGGCAUAUUCUCUUACUUUUCCCAGUGUUUGAUUUUACUCUCCUCGUAGGGACUGUUGUUAUAAACAUUGUAUCCUUCACUACCAUCCGCCAUCACUCGAAGAAAAGAAGGCGUCUGGCUCAGGCAGGGUGCCAGAGUACAUCAGGACCAAGUUUCUCCGACAUUAAGGCUGCAAAAACCAUCGGCGCGCUCACGCUGGUCUUCACCGCCUCCUUCACUCCUGUUGCAGUGUUUGUUGUAGGAAACGUCAGUGGAAAUGAAUGGUGCAGCUUCUCCUUUGUGGCUUUUUGGAUUCUGGCUGCAAGCAGUUGCUGGAAUGUCAUCAUCUACAGUGUGAGGGACCAAAAGUUCAGACUCCGAGCGCGUCAGCUUCUCGUGUUCUCGAAAAUAAAGAAUUCACCCUAAGAAUAAGCUGUAAAACCUUGUGUCAUACUGCCUUCCACACAUUACACAAUAAUCUGCUCGCUGCACAGUGUACAGGCCUAAUGCUGCAACAGGUGGCUGAUAUCCGCUUAUCCUACACAGGGUCGCAGGGAGCCCGGAGCCCAUCCCAGGAGACUCGGGGCACAAGGUGGGGGACACCCUGGACGGGGUGCCAACCCAUCGCAGGGCACAAUCACACACACACAUACACACACACACCCAUUACAGACUACAGACAAUUUCACAGUCAGCCUACAGUGGAGGAAACUGGAGUACCCAGAGGAAACCCCCAAAGCACAGGGAGAACAUGCAAACUCCACACACACAGGGCAGAGGCAAGAACCAGACCCCCAACCCUGGAGGUGCGAGGCAAACGUGCUAACCUCUAAGCCACUGUACCCCCAGAAUCCUGACUCAUAUGAUGGGUGAGCAUUGCAGUAAGAGUUCUGAUGAAUCAUGGCAUUCUCAAUCCAACAAACAAAUAAUUUCUAGAAAAUAAUGCAGGACAAUCUUUACAUCAAGGGUCCUCUGGUGUGUAGUACACCUAUAUCUCAAAGCAUAUCAAAUUCCAUACAGUAUCCUUCAUUUGAUGAAUGUAAUAAUAUUCAGUUUUGUUCUCAGCUUGGUACAUGAUAGUUAGCUUUUUGUAUAUUAUAUACAGUAUGUGUACAUUGUUGCCUUCUUUGCACUACUUAAGUUUGUCCAAGCAAAAUUAAGAAUCUCACAGUUAGGCUAUUGUGUUGUGCCUAGAAAAACAAUGAUUUUUUCCUCCCUAUUGCUAACCAAUGGUUAUGUCUGAUGGCUGAUGUCUGACCAGACAUUUAUUUAUUUACUAAUAUUUUCAUUGUAUAGGAUGUAUGAUUAUUCUAUAUCAAUCCUGAAAUUGUUUUUAAUUAAAAAAAAAAUUAAUCUGAAAAAAACUUUCUCUAAAUCAUUUAACAAGGCUGUAGCUUUGGGGCAUUGAAUCCUAACCUAUUUGUGCUAGAAUUAGGAUGUUUUUGAUGGAGACUACAAAUUUUGGUUUUCUUUACUGUAGUCCGUAAAGAAAAGGGUGACUCUGAAAGACUCUGAAAGAAUGAAUGUACUGAUGAAGUUUCUCAGAGCCUACUGAGGAAAGCUUUUGGGGUUACCUGGAACGGUAUGUUUACUUAACAGCCAGAAUUUGCUGAAUGCUGCUUAGUACUGACUUGGGAUUUCUAGUUACCUUUGCUUUGACUCAUAGCUCAACAAACUAUACUGUGGUUGCUGUGCUUAACCCCAAAGUCAGCAUAGGAACCAUAAAUGUUACAAAAACAAGUGUCUGGAUGCUACUAUUGUUAAGAUUCCAUAAAAC